UGAAAAAUUUCGUUUUAAAAUGUAAAAGCACAAGAAGAGUGAACUAUUCAUUUUCAACAAGGUCCCGCUCUCCCUACCUCUCACUCAAUCUUCCCCCAUCCUCUGCUUCGCAGGAACCCAUACGACACCGUCCGCCGUGGAGUAUCGCACGUCACGAUUCACCUCCUUUCUAUUUGAUUAAUCUCGAUGACGCUUGGUUGGUAAAAGUACGCAUAGCGGAACGAGGCAUGGCAAAGGUGGCUAAACCGAGUUCUCAUCGAAUUGGUUCGGUGCCUUUGAAAAGUGGACCUAUGGUUAAGAAGAAGACACCUUCGGAACUCAGGGGAGAGCUAUUGAAACGGGCAAGCUUUCUGGAUAAUAAUGCUGAAUCUCCACCCCCCUUGGCUGAUACUGCUAAGACCACUGAGGUGAGCAAUGGAUUAAAAAGAACAGGGUUAUGGAAGCCCCCUAGAUACACUAACACACGGGUUGAUGAAGUAUUUGCUGCAAAAAAGCCCAGGUUUAAAAUUGCAUCUGGAAAAGAAAACUCAAAGGGUAUUCCAUCCUUGGAACAAACAAGUAAUCUGAAAAAUCUUUCAGUUUUUUCGAUUUUGGAGGCUAAGAGACAGCAAGAAAAUUCAUGCCCAAAGACUUCUGAUGUGUCUUCUGAGCCUGGCAAAGAUAGCGUCUUACAACCUUGUCAAACAUUUGGAAAGUGCAGUCAAGGGAAAUUUCGCAGUGUUUCUGAACUUUCAGCAGCCGUUGAUAUAUGUUGUGGCUCAGGUGCUAUUGACCUGGGAAAAGCAUUAAGAGGACUAGCUGCACCUGAAGAACAUUAUGCUAAUGACAAAACUGCUGAUUUGGCUGAUGGACACCCUGUUUUAGGAAAUUUCUUGUCUGAAUGCAAUUUAAUUGGCCAGAAGGUCCCUUUGGAUCUUACUUUAAAAACCAGUAUGCGAAUUGUAUCGUCAUCUGUGAACAGGUCAGUUAUGCGUGGCACCAUGCCUCAGUUAGCCUUUCAGAAUAGUUAUUUCAAGAGUCAAAAUGUGAGAGGUUAUGGUCUACAUUCAUGGAUGUAUCCUCAAUCCAUUCUACCACCUUCUCUGAUAUCAGUCUUGAGCUCAUCAACAUCAGAUGGAGAAUUGGAUUUCUUAAGGAAACGACAAGUAGCUUGGGAAGAAUCCUUUCGUGACCUAUAUUAUAUGCUUCGGAAGGACAUUUGUAGCCUUUUCUAUGUUUGUACUGCUCAGUUUGUGGUGAUGUUUACUGGUGGUGACAGCUCUGGGCAAUCCAAAUGUUUGUGCAAUGCUUAUAUCUCUCAGUCAACCCAAGGUUUAAGAUCAUUGCUAAGAGAGCAUGAUGUCUGUUUCUCUAUGCCUCUUUGCCAUUCGAAAGUGGAACAGGUUGCAACUGAGGAUCUAGUUGAGCUGUCAGAGAUAGAGAAGCAAAACUUAGGACAGAUUCGGCGAUUAAGGUCAUUCUCCGAAGUUGAUAAUAGUCCACAAUCUUUGCUGGUAUUUAGUGGAAACAACAAUGUACAUGCUUUAUAUGACGCCUAUUACUUAAUUAUAGUUGACCAACCUCUUUCUUUUUAG